AUGCGCCGCGCCAAGUGUCUCCUCGGCCUUGGCUACAUUGUGGUCUCGAUGGCCUGUAGCGUCUACUACCUCAAAAUCCUCUACCCGUACCUCCAGAACGACCUCUUCUGGGCUGGCUUUGCCCUCCACGGCGCGCAAACCUACCUCUUGGACCUCUACCGCGUGCGUCUCUGGACCACGUCAAGUGGUGUCAUCGAUGUCCUCAACGUCUCAAACGCCGUCCUUCGAACAUACGACACGCCGUCGACGAUGCUGGACGUCCAGCCCUCGUACCCGCGGUCGCUCGUGUCCAACCAUCUGACGACGCCUCGACAAGGCAUCACAGCGCUGCGCAAUUUGCCCACCUGGGCCAUCUUCCAGAUCACGACACAGCCAGCGCUGCGCCAAGAGCGCUGCGCCGCUUUGGUCGCCAACGGCGCCGUGUACCUUGAGCCAACCUUUCGCUGCGUCAACUGGGCGACGUUCUUUGCGCGGUUUGGCCCGUCGUUCAUGUUCUCGGUGGGCGACGCUGUCGUGGCGUCACCUGGUGGCGCUGCGUGGCUCGACAGUGUCCAAGACGCCUUUGACUCGAUCGAGAGUGAUCUGACGUUUUGGUCCGAGCAUGGGCUCACGCACUACACCGUGCAGUGGGGCAACAUCUUCACCACCGGGAUCCACGAGACCAUUUCCAUCACGAACGCUUUUGGCUGGGAGCAAGCGCUCUCAACGACCAAAAUCCCAUAUGCGAGCCGCGAUGCACUCUGGACCACGUCCAUCUUGUACUGGUACUUCUUCAACGACCUCUGGGCCUCCUCCGUUCUGAACGGCAGCCUCGUGCGCAGUGCACACAACUUUAUCGCCAACAACUCAGUCGGGCCGUCGGCUACCGUCGAGACGGUCCUGGGGCUCUACCCGUACACGCCCUGCAGCGUCAUUCUCCACGAUCACCUUGGACCGUUCGUGUCGAUCGAUAUGUGGCUCCUCCCACCGCCAGCGUCGCUGCAGGAGCUUGUCUCGUCGCACACGGCAGUGGUGGCAACGGCGCUGCAGGCCAAUGCCACCCUCUGGGCGGCCUUUCGGCAACUGAUCACAGUGCCCUUGGACCCUGUUCCGUCGUCUUGGCGCCUUCCCAACACGACGUACUAUGGCGGCAGUCCGAUCUGCGCUACGUACGCGGGCUCGGGCUAUGUCCAGCAGUCCUUUUCAUUUGAAGACACGUGCGCGGCGCAGGUCGCCAGUUCGAUUCUGCUGGGCGCACCAGGUCAGGCAUUUGCAAUGACAGCACUGCGGCUCGUGCGAGCCAACGACCCGCUCGUCUCUGCGAUUUGUCGUCAGUGCGUCAGCACCAGCGCCCGCUGCGUCGAUGCGCUCAGCGCAACGCAAGCGCUCACCGAACCGCUGCGACCGCUGACGAUGCCGCUGCUCACACGCCUCGUGGAGCGUGUCGUGGCCGACGUCAAGGACCUGCGUGUCGAGGUCGUUCAGUUUGCGACCGUCAACGGCAGCGACAACCUCGUGCUUCACCAGCCGCUACUGGAGGAUGACUUUGCUUUUUUUGGAUGGCUCAUGCUCUUUGACUGGGUCUACGGCUACCGCGAAGUGGUCUCGUUCCAAGGCGACGUGUCGACGAUGGUGCUCAUGUCGGAGCCGUUGCCGACGCUGUCGAUGGCGCCAAGCGCCCGCGAGGUGCCCGCAAGUACGUGCUAUUAUCUCUGGUACAUCGCGGUCGUGACCACCGCCCUCUUGGUGCUUGUGGCGCUCGGGACCAUCGGGUAUACGCUGGUUGGCCACUGCCAUCUGCGUGGGUACGAGCUGUUCUGUUUCAACCGCGUUGCAGGUCCGGUGUGGAUCGGCCGGCCGAUGCUACUCAUCCGCGCCGUCACAGCCCUCGUCCUUCUGAGCUCCCCAAGCACGACGUUUGUCUCGGACGACAACGUCGGUCGCUUCGUCUUGACCCCGCUGUCGCUCGUGCACGCCGCUGUCGUCACUGGCGAAGCCACGUGGCUCACAUAUGUCCUCACCGAUGUCCUCUUGGUGUUUGCACCGAACGAAGCUGCGCUCUCGGCGGCGCUCAGCAGCUUCUCCGUAUGGGCUCUCACGCUUCUUCUCGAACUCCUCUGGCCGCUUCGGCCCACCCUCGUGAUCGACCGGACGUGCUCGCAGCGCGGCGUCAUGCUCUCGCUGCAAUGCACGAGCGGCACCGUCACGUUUGGCUCGUUGCAUCGUAUUUUGCUCAUCGUCGCCAUCAACGGCGUCGCCAGCCUCACCAGCAUCCUGUUCGUGCGCGUCACGGCGAGCAUGCGGGUGCCACGUCGGCUUCGCAUGCGACGCGCGUCGACGCUGACGUCGGCGGCGGCCGAAGCCUUUCUGGAGCUGCCCGGCGAUGACGCGUGGACCAUCGACCCGGCACUCGGGUGCAUGAUGGGCGUCUUUCGCUUUUCAUGGCGCCACCGCGAGUUCAUCUUUGACACCAAGCUCUGGAUGAGCUUUCAAAAGUCGAGUGCCGGACCGUGCAUGGAGGUUGUGCCUAUGACGGCCCCGUCGCAGACGCACGUGGCGUCGCCAAACCGGCGGAUGGCGGUCGUCAAGGUGUGUCUCGGCCUCGGCUACCUCUUCGCCACCGUCGGGGGUAGCUUGUACUACCUCAAGCUCUCGUCCGUGAACCUCGCCAACGACCUCUGGUGGGUCACAUUCAACACCAGUGGCACACAGACGUACGUGGCCAACUGGUUCAACCGGUACCUCUGGCUCACACCAUCGCUCGAGGAUGGACCGCUGGACCUGCACCAGUACGCCGAUAUGAACUCGUAUGCGACCAACACGACCACUGUUACGGUCACCGACAUGCUUCCGCGCCGCAUUCACUUUGAAACCGCGAGCGACUUGCACGUGGCGAUCCUCGGGCUGCGCGCGACGAACCCGUGCCUUAUACCGUGGAUCGCGACACAGUACUGCUGGGUCGACUUUGACAAGCGCUGGGCGAUGGCCAACUCGGCGGCGCGCCAGGUGCGAUGUGCUGCCAAGUACGCGGCGAAUGCGGCUGUCUACUUGGAGGCCCCGCUGCGCAACGCCGACUGGGAUGGCUUUGAGGUGUGUUGGGGCCAAGCGUUCGAUAUGGGGAUCGCCGCCGACUUGCGCCAAGACCUCGGAGGUCGCAAGUGGCUUCAAGUGACGCAGUCCAACGCCAACUCGGAGGCGGACGAGGUCGCCUACUGGACAAGCAAGGGGCUUGCGUCCUACUCGACCGCCUGGCAAAACUACAAGGCGGCGGGGGUCAUCAACACGUUCAACGUCGUCACAGCGCUCGGGCUCGCGUUUCCGUUGACGCUUCAAGCUUCGAACGGCUCGUUCCAUCUUGGGACGCAGACGUCGUACAAAAUGUAUUGGAAUUUGGCGAGUGACUUCUGGGCGCUGGCCUCCAAUGACUCGGGCGUCACGGGCAAGUCGCUGCUGCGAAUCAGCCCCCGCUUUGCCUUUACCAACACCUCAUUACUCGACGUCUACUAUCGCAACGGCUCGAUGAGUGCGCCGCUGGACCCCGCCUACGACGUGUUUCAGUCUCACCUCGGGGCGUUCGGGUCGGUGGAUCUGCGUCAUGUAGCCUACCCGGCCUCGCUAGCAGCCCUAGUGCGCGACGUGCACGAAGCGCUUCGAAGUGUCUUGAUGAAUACGACCGACGGCAACGGCACGUACACAGCGCAGGCCGCCUACUCCCAACUCGUGACCAUGCAGGGCCUCGUCGCCGUGCCGAGCUCCCUCAACGCGACCUCGCAGUACUCGGCCGGCAGCAACUUGCUGUGCAACGCGCUUCUUUCAUCGGGCAAUCUCUCGUUCGGUCUUUCGGCCUACUUUGGUUUUGGGGUUCCCUGCAACGUCGGCUUUGGCGAGUGGGUCUACACCUCCAAGGACCAGAUCUUAUUUGCGCUGGUCGCGUCCGGCGUCGCGUUGGAGGCCGUGACGCGUAUACCAUCGACGUGCGAGGUCGAAGCCGUGUCGCCCUCCGACUGUCGCGCGAUGCUCACAAGCGUCUCGUCCUUUCUGAAGUCGUACUUUGCACCUGCGUAUCUGCAGGCGACUCGGGCGCAGGCCCAGCGCGUGCAAAGCGAGGUGGACGCACUCUCAGUGGACCUUGUGGCGUACCUUCAAGACGCAAUAACGAACGAGAUCUCGCUCUUCCACCAACGCGUCAUCGAUGCCGACGACGUGCCGAUGCAGCUCGCCGGCUGGACCAACCUCUACGACUGGGCUCUCGGCUACCGGGAAGUCGUCACAUUUGAAGCCAACGACGCAUCGCUCACGGUCAUGUCGACAGCGUACAUGUCAACAACAUUUACAGCGAGCGCGGCCGAGGUGCCCGUCAACGUAGCAUCGUACCUCCGCGUCUUUUGCCAGUACAUCUCGCUCCUCCUGCUCAUGAUAUCUCUCGUCGCGAUUUUGUACACGGUGCAGAACCGCUUCACGAGCGAGGGCUUCAACCUCUUUGAGGUCAACCGCGUCGGUGGCAUGGUCUGGAUCGGCCGCCCGCUGCUGCUUUUGCGGAGCGUAACAGCGCUCUGCAUCCUCAGCACGGCCGCGCUGCAGCUCCAGCUCACCGGCAAGGCCACGUACCUUCUCUCGGCUCGCCAAGACGUCUCGCCGUUCCUCGCUCUCUGCACCAAAGUGCUCGCGGCCGGCGAGCUCGGCUGGCUCGUCUACAUCGUCGACGACAUUGGCAUGGUCUUCACGCAGCAGUACACGGCGUCGUAUGCCAACAAGGCGGCCAUCCUUGUGUGGGCGACCGCCGCAAUUCUGAGUCUUAUUGCACCUAUCGCACACCGGGUUCGCCUGGAGCUCCACUGCGCGGUCGACGCGACCGACUACCAAGCCGUGUGUUCCAGCGGCGACGUUGUCAUUGGGAGCCUACCGCGUCUGCUUUUGCUCGUUGCCAUUGCGCUCGGCGGGUCUCUCACCAUGUACGUCCACGAUCGGCUGCGCUACACGCUGCAGCCACCGACGGAAAACCCGUCGUACCUGCUCUCUUGCGGCGCCAAGUACCUCUUUGACAAGACCGGGUGGGUUCACGACGGCGUGUACCACGUCGACCGCGCCUCGGCGGCCUUGACCGGACUCCUCACCUGGACAAAGCAGGACGUUAUCUAUGUCUUUGACGUCAAAACGUGGCGCGUCCACACGGUGUGUACGAAUGCGUCGAUGAAAAAAGGCGCCAAGUGGGAGCUGCGGCUGCACGGCGCCCUCCCGCUCAUCGAGUAAUCGAGCGAUGCAUCCUGCGUCGCUCUCCAACAAGUCGCCGCCAGGUGUCGUCGUCUUGCCACGUGGCAAGGCGUGCAUAAUAUAUGUUUGUUGACAAUGUGUAGCGUAGUAGUACGUACAUAUUUGAGCCCUGAUUAAGCCCAUUAGGCAGGGUUUAACUGACAUCAAAGGUUGAUUUGCGUG